UGAUACCGUGGAUCGCUUGUGUCAGUAUAAUUUGGGAACCUAAAAAGUCAGCGGCCCGGUUCCAAAUCCAGCGAGGAGGAGGUGGAGGAGGAGGGGCUUAUUUAAUUGUUUUUUCCCUGUACUCCUGCUCCGUGCUAGUACGGAGUACUAGUUAUAUAGUAGUAUAUAUUUGGCGGAGGGAUCCAAAAAUCAAAUGCCAAUCUCCUGGCGGGUCGCCACUCCGACUCCGAGGAAUCCCCUGUGAUUGAGAAGUUAUCUCGAAAUCCUUUCUGGGGUUGGGCGUUUUGGGAUUGGGAUCGGGAUCGGGAUCUUCAGUGCGUAUAUAUGGUCGUAAAGCUCUGCCUUUUUUUCUGCUGCUAGCUGGUGCAUAUUGUUCUAGUCCUUCUUGAGUGGCAUUCAGGAGUCAUACCAUGGGUUGCUUAAAUCAACAGACUGCAGUCAAUGCUGUGGUUAGAGGGCCCAAGGAUGGUUCCUUUAGGUCUUCAAGGGUUGCCUUGGCAUGCAUGGUAAAUUCAGAAAUUGGUGCAGUUUUGGCUGUGAUGAGGAGAAAUGUAAGAUGGGGAGUGCUUUAUGCUGAUGAUGAUCAAGUAGAGCACUCUCUCAUCCAGUCUUUCAAGGAACUACGUAAAAAGAUUUUCUUAUGGCAACAUCAGUGGCAUUCAAUUGAUCCAGUGGUUUACCUUAAACCAUUUCUGGAUGUGAUUCAAUCUGAUGAAACUGGGGCUCCAAUUACUGGCGUUGCUUUGUCGUCAGUUUAUAAAAUUUUAACCCUGGAGAUACUUGAUUCAGAGACUGUGAAUGUUGAUAAGGCUUUGCAUCUAAUUGUCGAUGCUGUAACCAGCUGCCGCUUUGAGGUGACUGAUCCUGCUUCUGAAGAAGUGGCACUAAUGAAGAUACUUCAAGUUCUUUUAGCUUGCAUGAAGAAUAAGGCAUCUGUUCAUUUGAGUAAUCAUCAUGUUUGCAACAUAGUGAACACAUGUUUUCGGAUUGUUCAUCAGGCAAGCUCUAAAGGUGAACUUUUACAGAGAAUAGCACGCCACACUAUGCAUGAAUUGGUUCGGUGCAUCUUUUCGCACCUGCCUGACAUUGGCGACAGACCGCAUGCGUUGGCUGAGGGAAGCAGAAUGUCUGCUGAGACCGAGGUUCAUGUGCCAAAAGAUACUCAUAUUUUGGAAGGUACACAAGGUGUUAAUGCCAAUGGCAGUGCAAAAUUUGAUGGUAAGGCACUACCUCUUAAAGAGGCUUCAGGUAAUCCUGCAUUCACAUCAGCAAGCAAAGUGGAUGAGGAAAUUAUGACACUUGGCUCAGUGGAGGUUGCUCAGAAUGGAGCUGACUCUAUGAUGGAUCCAUAUGGUAUCCCUUGCAUGGUGGAGAUAUUUCAAUUCUUGUGCUCUCUCUUGAAUGUGAUGGAAAUUGAAAGUGGUGUGAGAUCCAAUCCUAUUGCUUACGAUGAAGACGUGCCCUUGUUUGCUUUAGGUUUGAUUAACACAGCAAUAGAAUUGGCUGGGGCUUCCUUUGGAGAUCAUGCUAAAUUAUUGGUCCUGAUACAGGAAGACUUGUUCUAUAAUUUGAUGCAGUUUGGCUUGUCAAUGAGUCCAUUGAUUCUCUCAACUGUUUGCAGCAUAGUUCUCAAUCUGUAUCAUCAUCUGCGUACCAAGUUAAAACUGCAGCUUGAGGCUUUCUUCUCUCGAGUACUAUUAAAGAUUGCUGGAAGCAAGCAUGGAUCUUCUUACCAACAGCAGGAAGUUGCCAUGGAAGCCCUUGUGGAUUUCUGCAGGCAGCCUUUUUUUAUGGCUGAGAUGUAUGCCAAUUUUGACUGUGACAUAUCCUGCAGCAAUGUAUUUGAAGAUCUUGCCAACCUGUUGUCAAAAAGUGCCUUUCCAGUGAACAGCCCAUUGUCCGCAUUGAAUACUCUUGCUCUGGACGGUCUGAUUGCCAUGAUUGAGGGUAUAUCUGAGAGGAUUGGACAUGAGUCAUCAGCCCCAGAAAGGUCUCCAAUACAACCUGAGGAAUAUAGACCAUUUUGGACGGUGACGUGUGAUAAUUAUGGUGAACCUAAUUGCUGGGUCCCCUUUGUUUAUAAGAAGAAGCAAAUUAAGAAGAAAUUGAUGAUUGGUGCUGACCACUUCAACCUUGAUCCCAAGAAGGGCCUGGAAUUUCUUAAAGGUGUAAAUUUGUUGCCAGAUACACGUGACACCCGUAGUGUAGCAUGCUUCUUCAGAUAUACAGCUGGUUUAAAUAAGAAUCUUGUUGGGGAAUUUCUGGGAAGUCAUGAUGAGUUUUGUAUUCAGGUGCUUAAGGAAUUUGCGCAGUCAUUUGAUUUCCAGGACAUGAACUUGGACACUGCACUGCGCAUUUUCUUGGAAACUUUCAGAUUGCCUGGAGAGUCUCAGAAGAUACAGAGAGUGUUAGAGGCAUUUGCAGAAAGAUAUUAUGAGCAAUCACCAGAUAUUCUGGUUAACAAAGAUGCUGUAUUUGUGUUGUCAUAUUCUCUAAUAAUACUCAACACAGAUCAACACAAUUCGCAGGUGAGGAAGAAGAUGACUGAAGAAGAUUUCCUCCGUAACAAUCGUGCAAUAAAUGGAGGAAGUGAUCUCCCUCGAGAGUUCUUGUCUCAACUUUACCACUCAAUCUGUGAGAAUGAGAUCCGAAUGAUUCCAGAGCAAGCUGCUGCUGCUUCAGUAAUGUCACGAAGUCAUUGGAUCAGUUUAGUGCACAGAGCAAAACAAUCUGCUCCAUACAUUUUCUGUGAUUCUGGUCCACAUCUUGACUAUGACAUGUUUGCUAUUUUGUCUGGGCCCACAAUUGCAGCUAUCUCUGUGGUUUUAGAUCAUGUGGAGCGGGACAAUGUUUUGCAUACAUGUAUUGAUGGAUACUUGACAAUAGCUAAAAUUUCAGCGUCCUAUAAUUCUGUCGAUUCAUUAGACGAUUUGGUUGUGUCUCUUUGUAGAUUCACUAAUUUGUUGAUUCCAUCCUUAAACAAUGAAGAAUUUAUUUUAGCUUUUGGGGAUGAUGCUAAAGCUAGGAUGGCAACUGUGGCUGUUUUCACGAUAGCAAACAGGUAUGGUGAUCAAAUUCGCUCAGGAUGGAAAAACAUUCUGGAUUGUAUAUUUAGCCUGAAUAAGCUGGGUCUUCUUCCUGCUCGACUUGCCAGUGAUGCUGUUGAUGACUCAGAGGUUUCUUCUGAUCAAAACCUAGUUAGACCCCCGUCAUCUUCCCCAACAACAUCUACUCCAUCUCCAGUUGCCCCAUCGAGGAAAUCCUCUGGCCUGAUGGGGCGGUUUACUCAACUGCUAUACCUUGACACAGAAGAACCUGAAUCCUAUCCUACCCAAGAACAGGUUGCUGCUCGUCAGCGUUCUCUUCAGACAAUCCAAGACUCUCACAUAGAUAGCAUCUUCGCAGAGAGUAAAUUUUUGCAAGCUGAGUCCCUAUCACAGCUUGUUCAGGCUCUUCUCUUAGCUGCUGGGCGGCCUCGCAAGGCAAACAAUUCUAUGGAAGAUGAAGUCACUGCAGUUUUCUGUCUGGAAUUGUUGAUUGCAAUCACGCUAAACAACCGGGACAGGAUCAUGCUUCUAUGGCAAGGUGUUUAUGAGCACAUAGCCAGUGUUGUUCAGUCAACAGUGAUGCCUUGUGCUCUGGUGGAAAAGGCUGUCUUUGGGCUCCUCCGGAUAUGUCAACGGUUGCUUCCAUACAAGGAAAAUCUGACUGAUGAGCUUCUCAAGUCUUUGCAACUAAUACUGAAACUUGAUGCUCGGGUUGCUGAUGCAUACUGUGAGCAGAUCACACAGGAAGUCAUGCACAUUGUGAAAGCAAAUGCGAUGCAGAUAAGAUCGCAUAUGGGAUGGCGCACUAUUAUAUCACUGCUAUCUAUCACAGCUCGACAUCCAGAGGCAUCUGAAGCAGGUUUUGAGACAUUAUCAUUUAUCAUGUCCGAAGGGGCCCAUCUGUCGCCUGCAAAUUAUGUACUUUGUCUAACUGCCGCCAGGCAGUUUGCCGAGUCCCGAGUUGGUAAUGUUGACCAGUCAAUCAGAUCUUUAGAUCUGAUGGCUGGUUCACUGGACUGCUUGGUACGAUGGUUUUACAAAACCAAGGAAGCCAUGGGGGAGGAAGCUGCCCUAAAAAUGGCUCAGGAUAUAUGGGAAAUGUGGUUGAGGCUGGUACAAGGUCUUAGGAAAGUCUGUGUAGACCAAAGAGAAGAGGUAAGAAAUCAUGCUAUUUUGAUGUUACAGAGGUGCUUAACAGGUGCGGAGGUGAUGCAUAUCCCAGUUGGUUUGUGGUCGCAGUGUUUUGAUCUAGUCAUCUUUACAUUGCUUGACGAUUUAGUUGAAAUUGCACAGCAGCAUUCUGCAAAGGACUAUCGUAAUAUGGAAGGGACACUUGUUCUGUCUCUGAAGCUCUUGUCUAAAGUGUUUUUACAGUUAUUGCACGAUGUCUCACAGUUGGCAUCCUUCAGCGAAUUAUGGUCGAGGGUUCUUAGCUGUAUGGAAAGAUAUAUGAAAGUGAAAUUCAGAGGGAAACGAAGUGAAAAGAUCCAUGAAUUAGUCCCUGAGCUCCUGAAAAACACAUUGCUUAUUAUGAAGUCAAGUGGGCUUCUCGUGCCAAGUGAAGAGGACAAUUUUUGGCAGUUAACUUGGUCGAGCGUGAAAAUUUUGGCCCCAUCUUUGCAAUUAGAAGUUUUUUCUAGUGAUGAAUUGGAGCAGCUGCAGCAGAAGACGCAAACGAAUGGUUGUAGUCCUAUCCAAGAUGGAAAUGUUAUAGUUCCCCCUAGUGAAACAAGAGCUUGAAGAUAGAUUUUCAACUACAGGCUCGGGACAGUGAUUAAUUGAGGCGUCAAAGUGUCCAUAUUGUUGGGUGGAAGUCAUAACAUGAGCCAGAGAGUCCGGUUGCAACCCAAGGAGAUGAUGAUCUUGGUGACUGAGUUUGAGAUGUGGUGAAAGAAGAGGGUGAAGUAAACGAUUUUUGUUGAAGCCAAAGCUGAUAUUUGAUACUUGCAAAUUGUUUUAUGUGGCCAUUACAAGUACAGAUACCAGCCUUUGUUUUGAGGGCAGUUUGGUGCCCUUCUUCUUCCCCAAAUGAGGGGGUUAGGAGAGAAAUAGGUUAUUUUACUUGUUAAAUUUUGUUUUGUGCUGUUUUGGGGCUGUCAAAUAGAUAGUAGUUGCUGCGCUAAAAUGAAUUAUUCUUAGCUAUUCAUUCCAUUUGUACAAAAAGUACCCUACCCAAUGUUACUACUAACCGGUAUAUUAGUGAAUUUCGCUUUUGCGCCA